AUGUCAAAGGAAUCUGUGAACCUGAGCUAGAAGAAAGAGAAUGCUAUCCCAAAGCCAUGCACUGCAUUUUUGUUGGAGCACAGAGCCUGUUUUUGAAGAGUUUGAUUCAGGAUACUUGUGCCGACCUCUGCGUUUUAGACACUGGUCUUCUUGGCAUAAGAGGAAGUGCUGAGGCUGUGGUCAUGGCCAGGAGUCACAUCCAGCAAUUUGUAAAGCUCUUUGAGAAUAAUGAAAACCUACCCAGCAGUCAGAAAGAAUCAGAGGUGAAAAGGGAAUUCAGACAAUUUGUUGAAGCCCAUGCAGACAAUUAUACAAUGGAUUUGUUGAUUUUACCCACUUCCUUGAAGAAAGAACUUCUGACUCUCACACAAGGUGAAGAGAAUCUAUUUGAAACAGGAGAUGAUGAUGUUACAGAGAGUAGAGAUGUGCAACAAUCAGAGUUUACACAGAAUGCUGCCACAGGACUGAAUAUUCCUAGAGAUGAAGUCUUGCGGGAAGAUUCAAGAAACAGAGCUGGGUCUCCUGUUUCUGAGCUUACAAAACAAAUGGACACAGUCUUUUCUAGUUCACCAGAUGUGCUUUUUGUUCCAAUAAAUGGUGUAAGCCCAGAUGAAGAGGAGCUGUCCAAAGACAGAAUUUGUCACAAGAGGAGAUUUUCUGAUUCGGAGGAAAGGCAUACGAAGAAACAGUUUUCUUUAGAAAAUGUUCAAGAGGGAGAGCUUUUACAUGAUGGUAAGGCAUCAGCUGGAAAUGUAAUCACUGAUCUAUCUGAUUCUUCUACUGAUUCUGAAAAUGUAAGUCCAGAUGUAAAAGACACUACUGAGGAAAUGGAAUACAACAUCCUCGUAAAUUUUUUUAAAACCAUGGGCUAUUCUCAAGAAAUUGUUGAAAAGGUCAUUAGAGAGUAUGGGCCUUCUAUUGAACCAUUAUUGCUGUUAGAGGAAAUUGAAAAAGAAAAUAAAAGGUUCCAAGAAGACAGACAAUUUUCACCUGGUACUACAUACCCAGACACCAACAAAACCAAAAGUAAAGGUCUUUGUAGCAGAGUAAAUGAGCUUACAACAGAUUCUACUCCAAAGAAAACACAGAAUCACACACAGCAAAAUGCAGUAGAAAAAUUGUCUCAGUUACCAUUCAAAGUAGACUCUAAACCAUGUACCUCAAAUUGCAAAAUUAAUACUUUGAGAACUGGGCCAAUAGAACAGAAACAUGAAGUCUGGGGUUCAAACCAGAACUACAGUUGUAACAUAGACCUUGAAACCGAUGGCCUUUCUCCAUCUGUUGCCCCUUCAAGUCCCAAAGAAGUCAAUUUUGUUUCAAGGGGAGCUUCAGGUCACCAGCAGAGAAUUCCAGUUUUUUCCGAAAAUGGUUUACAACAGCAAACAGAUCCCUUGCUUCCAAAUAAUAUGAAGUCUGCCUGUGAAAAACGUUCAGGAUGCUGUAACUCUGCUCAGUCUAAGCCAAACUGUCCACCAAUACCACUGCCCCAGCUGUUACCUUCAGUUAGUGAUACAAGGUUUGCAGGACCUUCUGAUCAUAUUGAUUCCUCUGUUACGGGGGUUCAAAGGUUUCGAGAUACUCUAAAAAUACCAUACAAGCUGGAAUUAAAAAAUGAACCAGGGAGAACAGAUUUGAAGCAUAUUGUCAUAGACGGGAGCAAUGUUGCAAUUACCCAUGGUCUGAAAAAGUUCUUUUCUUGUCGUGGAAUUGCAAUCGCAGUUGAAUAUUUUUGGAAGCUUGGCAACAGAAAUAUCACUGUAUUUGUUCCUCAGUGGAGAACAAGGCGUGAUCCUAAUGUCACAGAACAGCACUUCUUAACCCAGCUUCAGGAGCUUGGAAUAUUAUCUUUAACUCCUGCGCGGAUGGUCUUUGGAGAAAGAAUUGCUUCUCACGAUGACAGGUAUGAAAGGCUGUUUUCCUUUCUGUGGUGGGAGUGCAAUGGUGAGGAGCUAGUUACCUGUUCUACACUGAAAAGAUUCACUUGACUCAGGUUUGAGAAUUGUAGUAUUCAUGAUCACUGAGGUUAUCUGCUUAACAGUCUUUGCUGUAUCCGUUUAGGAACAUCUCAGAAGAAACUGUUGGGCCAAUUUUUGCUUUGUUUGGUUUAUGUGGGAAUGGGUUUGAAUCAGGGCUUUGCAUUUGCAAAGCUGGCACUCUACCACUUGAGCCACACCCUCAGUCCAUUUUCUCUGUUUAUUUUGAAGAUGGAAAUCUCAAGAAUUGUUUGCUGGGGCGGC